AUGCCCGGCCCGCCCGGCCCGUCCGCCCGCCCGCCGCGGGGACCGGGCUCCACCUGCCGGAGCCGCCGGGCACGGCCGCCCAGUGCCCACCCCCGGAGCGGCACCGCCCCGGCACCGGGACCACCCCCGGCACCGCCCCGAGACCCCCAGACCAACCCCCGGCACCGCCUCAGACCUCCGGCACCGCCCACUACAGUGCCCCGGGACCCAUCGCCGGUACCGCAGCAGACGGCAGCACCUCUCCCCGGCACCUCUCCGGGACCUGGACCUGGACGCGGUACCGUCACCGGCAUCCCGAGACUGAUCGUGGUAUCGGCAGCGGCAUCUCAGGACCCACCGCCGACAUCGGCACCGACCCCCAGAUCCACCUCUGAUACUGCCUCGAGCCCCGGCUCUAACCCCGGUACCGAUCCCGACACGCUGUACCCACCCCCGGUACCGCCCCGAGACCAGGACCGGGACCCGGCACUGCAGGACUCACUCCCGUACUGGCACCGGCAGCUUUGCACUGCCCCCGGUACCGCACAGGCCUCCCGGGACCCAUUCCUGGCUCCACUCCAAGUCCUGGGAUGGGGACAUGGUACGGACACCGUCAUCCCGGGACUGACCCUGUACCGGCACCAGCAUCCCAGGACCCACUCGCAGUACUUUCUUGAGCCUCAGUGUCGACCCCCGCCCCCGGUACCGCAGCGGAAUUUCGGGACUGGCCCUUGGCACUGCCUCGAUCCCCUGGUCCCAUCCUUGGGACUGAUCCCGUUACCGUGA